AUGCUCAAUGUAAAAUCAUUUAAUGCUGAUUUUGAUGGUGAUGAAAUGAAUAUUCAUUUACUACAAAAUGAAUUAACACGAGCUGAAGCUGCUGAAUUAAUGAUAACUUAUCAACAUUUUCUUGUAAGUAAAGAUGGAACACCAUUAACUGGUUUUAUUCAAGAUCAUGUUGUUACUGGUACAACAUUAACAAUGCAUGAUGGAUUUUUUGAAAAAUCUGAUUAUCAACAACUUGUAUAUAAUGCAAUUGGAUCACAUUCUCGUCGAAAAAUUCAUUUAUUACCACCAUGUAUUUGGAAACCAAAACAAUUAUGGACUGGAAAACAAGGAUUUUUUUGUUUCUCUUAA